UCAUCAUCGACUCCACCUGGACUCGCUCACUGGCAAUGGCUACCACCAGCACCAAGCUCGUGGCCCUUGGCUUGGCCGUCCUCGUGAGCGUUGGGUUCUCCGAUGCAGCGAGGGUAGUUAGGCUAGGGAGCUAUGCGUCUGCCGGAGGAGGCGGAGGCGGUGGAGGCGGCGGCUCCGGAUCGACCGGGGCUGCUGGGUACGGCGGUGGGUCUGGCGGUGGCGGUGGCUACGGCAUAGGCAAGGGUGGCGGGGACUGGUGGAACAAUUUCGUCUCCAGCGUAGCGGGCGGCGGUGGUGGGGGACAGGGCGGAGGAGGUGGCACCAACGGUGGAUCCGGGUCCGGCGGUGGGUCGGGCUAUGGUUCUGGCACCAGUUCCACCGCAGCCUCUGGCCCCAGCAGUGGCAACUACGCCAACGCUGAGGGCAAGGGCGCCGGUGGGGGCAUGGGCGGUGGUGCCGACGGCGCCUACGGUUCUGGUGCCGGUGGAGGCGUUGGCAAGGGCCAGGGCGAGAGUGGCGUCGCAUUGGCACCGUCGUCCGAUGGCUACUACAAUGGCGGCGCCGCUGAUGCUACCGGUGGUGGUUCCGGCGCUGGCGGUGGACAUGGCGGUGGCGCAGCCGGAGCUCCAAGCUACGGGACUGGAGGUGGCCUUGGCGGAGGCAAGGGCGAGGCCGGCAGCGACGGGUCCUGGGGUUCAGGUUACGCGGCGGGAAUCGGUGCCGGCGGUGGCGGCGGCGGUGGCGGCGGAUCGCAAGGCGGCUCUGGUGGUGGCGGUGGCUCUGGGUCCGGAUCCGGCAGCGGUGGAAUCCACUGAGUUUCCUUGCGGCAUGCAGCUGGAUGGAGCGCUCGGCGUUAGUGUCAGUCCAUUUUGGAGUCGGUUCGUGUACCUGAGUUUUCCUUGAGGAGAUGCUGGUUUUCGCUUUCUUUGUUGCAAGAAUUAUUAGUCAGGAAUAAUGGGCUUCGUGAUUGUAGUUCGGGUAGGUAGGUAGUCCAGCAUGCAACUGACAUGUAAUGGCUACACUCUACAGGCUACUACGAGUAUAUGCUUGCAUCGCCAUCUUUUGCUGUGCCCCUUGUUGUUACUGUGUUCCUCGUCGAUCUUUAGAGGUCGUUGCUACCGGUUUUUAUCUUCCAAAACACAAAAUAUACUGGAACGACUCUUGCAGUCUCUUGCUACU